AUGUAUUGGGUGUCCGUUUGGCAGCUGGCAAUGUCUCUGCAGCUGCUGGCGAAGCAGGCCACUGGCUCCAAGCGGCUUCCCAUACUCCGGGACCGACGGCUACCGCCAAUGCUGACAGCUCUGGGCGACCACGCGCAGGACACGGAGGUCUGGGUCUUGCCUGCCGCCCUCUGCGGCGUGGCGCGCCUCGGUGCCUUUGGCACCGGGAGCGCCCUAUCGAGCUCGGCGGCCGCGGCCGCGGACAUCUUGGUUCGAGCGGCGGACGACCGAUUCACCGACCUCAGCGCUGCACAGUCCAGCCUCGUGCUCGCCAGCCUCGCGCUCUCCGCCGAGAUUUCGGCGUCGAAGGUCGGGUCCGCUCUACGGCAGAAGCUCGUCUCCACCCUCGAGCUCCGCUGCCAGGAGCUGCCCCCGCAGUCUGCUGCAGCCUUGGUGCCAGCAUUGGUCAAGCUUCGCACUUCCGGAGGCACCCAGCUGGCGCCAGGUGUGGCGCAGCGCAUCGUGGAAAGCCCGGGCCUGGCUGUAAAUGACAUCGCCACAGCGGCUGCGGGGCUUGCAGCGUUGCGCGCCACGCCCCCGAGGCUUCUGGAAAUGGCCGACAAAGCCGUGCAGGAACAGGUGCACCUCUGCACCCCUCGAGCCGUGGUCCAGCUUUCUGCCUCCCUCAGCGAGGGCGGCGCCGACCACGACACCUUCAAGGACUACCUGAUGCCCGCCGCGCGGUCAUUCCUGCUGGACUUCGGCCCACGCGACCUCUGCACCCUGGCCGAGUCCUUUGCCAAGGCUACGGCGGCUGAGACGGAUUUCAUCGUCGACCUGGCAGACACCCUGAAGUCCAAAGUGACCGACAUGGGCCCACACGAAGUGUCUGUAGCUUUCCUCAUCUUUGCGCCUGUCUCCUACGCCGUGCCAGAGCUGGUUCCUGCUGUUUCACAGCAGCUGAAAGGCUUGGUCGGCGAGCUCUCACCGAAGCAGUUGGCGCAUGUCCUCCGUGGAUUGAACGCCUGCAACAUCGCAGACGCCCCGCUCUUCGAGGUUCUGAGACGCCGGGCGUCGCAGCUGAGCCACGUCUUUUUCGGGACGCACGCCGUCUCGGCACUGGUUGCCUUCGCAGAAGCCGAGCAGAUUGACGUUCCGACAGUCCGCACGCUGGGAGAGACGAUCCUCCGGCAUAUCGAUAGGCUCCCUGCGCAGGACUACAUCGUGGUGCUGACCGUCGUUUCACGAUUGUCGGCAGACACCCGCCUGGUGAGCCUUCCCCCGAGCUUCGUGGAAGAGCUGCUACAGGCUCUCCGCCAACGCGGCUAUGGUGACUGGCGCCUGGAUCCGGAGGCGGUGGUCCAUCUCUUGGAAGCUCUGCGGGACCUUCGCGUCGAAGACGAAAUCCUGCUGGAGUUGGUCUGCGAUCGCCUUCCCGUGGCCUUGGCUAAGUCGAAGACCUCGCUCUUGCUGAUGGUCCGCUUGCUGGAAUGCCUUGGCGAGCUCCCGUCGAGGAGCCGUGCGCAAGUGGCGACACACCUCCACCGAAGACGGAAGCUACAAUCUGCCUUGAAGGACUGCUUCACCGAGCACGCGGGCAAACGGCUGGACCUCGAGGCACGGGUGGUCAUGGCCCGCGCCAUCGCGGGCGUUGGUCUGGAGAAUCAGUAUAUCCAGACCUGGCUGGACCUUCUGGUGGCGAGCGACGAGGCUCAGAUGGCGCGCCUGUCCGCAGAGUCGUGUGCUGACCUGAGCUGGUCACUGGCGCAGAUGUCUUGGCAAAUCGAAUGGAACCGCCGAUUUUCUCGUGACCUCCUGAGGCGCCUCCACCCUGCAGAUGCAGCUGCCGCAAGUGAAGGUGAGGAGUCUCUUCUGCCAUUUCGGAGUCGACCUGCCCCAGGGGCACUACUCCGCCUCGCCUGGGCCUGCGCAGUCCUGGGCGAGGCGCCACCGCUGCCCCUCCUCUCGGAGCUGUACUCGAGCUUGAAUGGGCAGUUCCCGCAGGAUUGGUGUGGCACUGGGCUGCGCCAGCUGCAGGAAGUUGCUCUGCAUUGGCAGCUCCACAGCAAGGCUCUCGGCCCUGGCGAGUCGUCGCAGCUGGCCACAGAGGUGCAGGAGUGGCUGGCCCUGGCUCUGGAGGUACCCCGGCCAGAUCAGUACCUCCGCCAGCAGCCGCGGCGUGCAGAGCGGCGCCGAAAGCAGAUCUCCGCUGCAAAGUACAGCUACGAGACCUGGCUGACCGUCACCUUGGCUCAGCUCCACGUGCCACACCAGGCCCAGGCUGUUAUUGGCUGCCACCGGGUUCCCAUCACCUUCCGUGCCCAGAGGCACCUCAUCGACGUCCUGGACCUCCAGGACAUCACGGCCCCGGCCAACCGCAUCACGGGCGCUGCGGAGCUGCGCCGGCGCCAGCUCCUUCAGCUUGGCUGGGCCAUGCACUCCAUCCACCUCCGGGAGCUCCAUGAGGCCGUCCGCACCGGGAAGCUGAGGCUCACCAUCUCCAAGCUCAUCGCCUCCCUGGACCCGGGCGCGGCCCGCGCGGCCUCCUUUUCUGAGUCGGCCUUCACAAGCCGUGCGCCCAAAGUGCAGGUGCUGAACCGAGGUCGGUGGCAAAGCAGCAACAUCCACCAAGCUCUUGGCGAUUUUUCGGAGGACAGCGGCGAGGAGGACGAGGAGGAUCGAGGUUCCGCCCGUUUGCGGAAUCCCCGCUCCAUCCUUCAGGAACGAGCCCUGAAGGCAGCGCAGCAAAUUGAUUGA